AUGGCAACGGUCAUCUGCACCCGCUUCACCGAAGAAUACCAGCUGUAUGAGGAGCUGGGCAAGGGAGCGUUUUCGGUGGUGCGCCGCUGCGUGAAGGUGCUGUCAGGUCAGGAGUACGCCGCCAAAAUCAUCAACACCAAGAAACUGUCGGCCAGAGAUCACCAGAAGCUCGACCGUGAAGCUCGAAUCUGUCGUUUACUGAAGCACCCCAACAUCGUUCGGCUUCAUGACAGCAUCUCCGAGGAGGCGCAUCAUUACCUCAUCUUUGACCUGGUGACGGGAGGAGAGCUGUUUGAAGAUAUUGUAGCCAGAGAAUAUUACAGCGAGGCCGACGCAAGUCACUGUAUCCAGCAGAUUUUGGAGGCGGUGCUUCACUGUCACCAGAUGGGCGUCGUCCACAGAGACCUGAAGCCAGAGAAUCUGCUGCUGGCGUCGAAAUCUAAAGGAGCCGCCGUCAAGCUGGCCGACUUUGGGCUCGCCAUCGAGGUGGAGGGAGACCAGCAGGCCUGGUUCGGCUUUGCGGGGACUCCUGGUUAUCUCUCUCCGGAAGUUUUGAGAAAGGAUCCGUACGGCAAAGCAGUCGACCUCUGGGCCUGUGGUGUGAUCCUCUACAUCUUAUUGGUCGGUUAUCCUCCGUUCUGGGAUGAAGAUCAGCAUCGUCUCUACCAGCAGAUCAAAGCUGGAGCGUAUGAUUUCCCGUCUCCGGAGUGGGACACAGUGACUCCUGAAGCCAAAGAUCUCAUUAACAAGAUGCUCACCAUCAACCCGGCCAAACGCAUCACAGCCGCCGAAGUGCUCAAACACCCCUGGAUCUCUCAUCGCUCCACGGUGGCGUCCUGCAUGCACAGACAGGAGACGGUCGAGUGUCUGAAGAAGUUCAACGCCAGGCGGAAACUGAAGGGGGCGAUCUUAACCACCAUGUUGGCCACCAGGAAUUUCUCCGGAGGAAAGAGCGGAAGCAACAAGAAGACCGACGGAGUCAAAGAAUCAUCUGAGAGCACGAACACCACCAUCGAGGAUGAAGACACCAGAGUGAGGAAACAGGACAUCAUUAAAGUCACGGAGCAGCUCAUCGAGGCCAUCAGCAACGGAGACUUUGAGAGCUACACUAAAAUGUGCGACCCGGCAGUGACAGCGUUCGAGCCCGAGGCUUUGGGGAAUCUGGUCGAAGGCCUGGACUUCCACCGCUUUUACUUUGAGAACUUGUGGUCUAAGAACAGUAAACCCGUCCACACCACCAUCCUGAACCCUCACAUCCACCUGGUGGGGGAGGAGGCGGCCUGCAUCGCUUACAUCAGAGUGACGCAGUACAUCGACGCCAACGGGACGCCUCGCACCGCUCAGUCAGAGGAGACCAGAGUUUGGCACCGCCGGGACGGGAAGUGGCAGAUCGUCCAUUUCCAUCGCUCAGGCUCCGCCUCCACGCUCAACAAGUAA